GUGGAAGUACCUCCCGAAUUUUUGGACUUGAUAGCAGCUUUGGUUCAAGACAGCGAAGAACCCUUCACCACCCUUUCCACACGCAUUGACGAUUUAUUAUCUCCAUUUUUGAGAAGUGAAGCCGACGCUCAUAAAUUCGAAUAUGCCAUUGAAAAAGCUAUAAAAAAAGUCGCUCAAAAAGUCAAUUAUGGAUUAACAGAAGAGGUUUAUGCAAAAAUAGAACACACUGCACCAAAAAUUCCUUGGGUUAGCUAA